AUGAUGCUGGCCUUCAUCCCGGGGUUUGGAAUUGGAUCAAAGGUGCACCUUCUGGUGUCUGCACUGGCCGCCGGCGGCGCCGUCCCAAACAUGUCGCUCGAAACAGGUCAUUCCUUCAUGGGCUCAGCCGUUGGGGGCUUGAUGACUGCUUCAGCCUACGGCUGGUGGUGCGGCCUGAGGCCCCUCAUCCUCUUGGACUUGAUUGCACCACUUGUCCCUCUAGGCCACGCCGUCGGGAAGAUCGGCUGCUUCCUGUCUGGAGACGGUUGCUUCGGACCGCGAACGAGAGCAGAUGCUCCAUGGGCGAUGUCCUUUCCGAACGGCUUAGUGCCAACGAGAGACCCGGUGCAUCCAACUCCACUUUACGAGAGCACUCUUUCGAUGGCGCUCUUCUUGUUCCUCCACUUUGCCGUCGCGCUACCCCGAAAGGGUGGCUCUGAGCGUCGUGUAGGGGUCCGGAGUGCCUUGACGCUCUCCCUUUACGGUCUGGAGCGGAUGGUCGUCGAGCCUUUCCGGAGGCAUCCUCCCAGCGAGUAUUUGCUGGGCCUGACAGAGUACCAAUUCCUAGCGGAGCCUGGCUUGCAAGCAGCCGGUGUCGAAGAAUGUCUGCAUCGUGUCCUCUUUCAUCUUACGCUCCGUUCGAUGGACCUCCAAAUUGAAGAAGUCGUAUUUUCCCAUGAUGUACCGAGUUCAAUUCAAAAGAUUUCAGACGUUUUUUUGCAUCGCCUGACUUUGUAUGCAUUUCCAGUGUGGCAAAGCAUCUCUUCACCGUGA